ACGUCGUGUGUAUUUUUAUCGCUUUUACAAAUUUGAUACUGUGCGCUUGCUUUCCUGAUAGGGCUUGACGACCAUAUUUGCAGUUCUCCUAUCAAUGCUAUCCAUACACAUUUGUUCGCAAAAGGCGGUACAUAAAAAGCUAGCUUGUAAGCCAAUGUAGUAGAUGUCUGCUGAGCCUUCUAUUCAUCUUGCAGGACUUGUCUUAGCUUAAUGGGUGGAAAGGUUACUUGUUAGUUGUUUUGUUGACAAGACUAUGAAGGCUCCUCCCUUGUUCUCUUGUGGUCCCGUUCUUUAGCAUGACGAAGCCAAGACUUGACAACCUUUUCGAUGUCAAAGUCUGUUGUUUCCUUCAGCCGCUUGUUAGACCUGACAGCAUCUGUGAAAAGAAAAUGAGUGAAUUGCACAUGAUCUAGUAUGGAAAAUGUUUGGAGACAAUUAUAACGCCUUUGUUCUUUGCACUUCACGCAAUGUACCAUUUGCUGUGUUCUACUGCGGGCUGCACUCGAAGUUCAGUUCACAACAGUGUAAGAGGAAGCAGUACUGGACAUCAUCCAACAUUCUUGCACCAGUUAACAUGAUCACCUUAUAUAUUUCUUGCCAUGUGACUGAACAUAUUAAUUUACUACAUUUUCCUUUCCGAUAAUAAUACAGUGAUAUGCAUAAACGAACGUGUUCCUCUCCUGAAAUAGUCACGCGUACACACCAAGUGUGGUAUCAUGCUCCUCUGCCGGUGGGUUUAUAAGCUAGGGAUGGCUGUUCAAGCAGUACCCUGUACUUGGUGUUGAAAUAGGAGGCACCACGUAUUAAUGGCACAACACAGAUAGAGACCUAUACAUAGCCUAUCUAUAGGUCUAUCUACUGAGAGCAAUGAAAUUGAAAAGCAGGCAACAGCAGGUGCCUAUCAAGGGAAAUGCCACGUAUAAAGCAUUUUCGAAAUACUUCACAACAUGAAACCUGAUGCAUACCUUGCAGCACUGCCCAAGACUCUAGUUCGCAGAACUUGAGCUUCCCUUUCGCACCCUGCCAGCUAAAGUUAGCGGCCACAUUAUCUGUGCAGAGCAGCCUCAGGAUCCUUGUGGCUGUGUCGUGGACUGUUGCUCCUCCAAAACUUGACCAGAAACGCUUCUGAAGUACAAGCAGAGAAGUAAAAAUUAUCACACAACUGGACUUUUCUUAUAAGACAUAUCUUAAUGUGACAAAUACGUACUAUUUUUCCUCUUGUUGUGCUGGAGGUCAGGGAUGAAUCGAACUUCAGGAAGUCAUCUAAACUACUGUAGGGGCAUUCAGUCACAUCAUCUGUCUCGGGCACGGCCACUCCCGAGUUUGUAGCUAAUGGCACCAGAGUGUCAAGUUGGGUCGUAUGUUGUUCUUGUUUCAUCUUGAUGGCAUGCAGAAGCCUCAGUAUCUCUAGAUGAAACUCUAGACAAAAAGACAAAGAAAGCCAGAGACAUUCACCCACAAAAUUGUUAAUGGAAUCAGGUGAAUGAUGAUAUAAGGUCACAAGGCACGAUAGAAGCAUAUGUAUCGCGUUAAGAACACGUACAUGCUAAAUACAAAGUAGUGUAUGCAGGAGGGAAAUUGCCCCUCUUCACUGCCAAAAAAAGGAAGAGAGUCUCUUCCAUGCAUUUAACACACAGGCAAGCAUGAUGUUGUAUAUGGCACACUGGUACAGGAAAGAAUUACUACAGAAUUACUGCAAGUUGAUAUUAUACAAAAUUUGCUGAAACUACAAACAUUUCAUGAAUCAGAAGCGAAUGUGGCCAUGUUUCAUGCUUUCGUGUGGGCAUGCACACCAGCAUGCCUUCAGUACGUGAUAUCCCACUGAUCACUUGUCUUGCUCGUCCAUACUUGUGGGGUGCUGUCGCUCAAAUGUAGCGCCUUGUAAAAUAUUUUUCCUUUGCUUCCUACAAGAGUUGGCAUACUGUGCUACUGACAUGCUGUUCAUGAUCGCACUACAAUUAUAACAUUUUUCUGCACAUAUAUAGUAAGAGGGAUAAAAUAAUGAAAUACAGAACAUGUCCAAUACCUCCCACUGCUCUCCUACUUAAAGCAUGUAUAUGUGACAAUCUAUCACAAGGGAGUUAAAGACAAACUGUACUCACUGUCAUUUACAACUGAGCAAACUGUUGAUCUGGAGAUGUCCUCGACUUCAUCACUCCAGGAUGUACUGGCUGAAAUACGAGGUUUAAUAAUGUCACUUCACAAAGCAGAGACAUACUGAGAGUUCCACCCUUAAUGCUGUUACGUACCGAGAGACGUGUUGAUAGAAGGGCUUCUUCUAGCUGUCGGCUCAUGAGGUCUUCGUUCCUGUGGGAUAUAAGGGAUAAAGUUGCUAAGGUGUGAGGCCACAAAAGGGCAUGGUAGCUAUAGCAUCAGAGAUGCACCAAUGACUAUGAAAUUAAGUCGACAGUACUAACAGCAAAAAAAAAAAAAAGAGGAGUGCCAGGGACUUGUGGUCGAUCCGCCAUGUGACUCUUGUGUUGCUUUUUCUCGCUGGCAUGCGAUUUUUUGUUUUGCUUUCUUUGGUGAGCACUGCUCACACCGUAGCUUCUCCCCACCCUGUUCUUUGUUACUUUGGACGCCGUCUGCUCUUUGCUCGCAUCAGCUACGUGCUGUGUCCAGACUUCUGUAAAUAGCAGAUGUGUAGUUGUAUACCGUAUGUAGCCCUUGAACCUCGCAGGCACUUUCUGUGGUAGACUUUGGCAUGAAGCAUUCUAUUCCUCCGCCCAUAGGACACUAAUACAGGAAUACACUAUCUACAGUUAGCCUAGAUAACCAUGAGCUAGCAGCAUUCUAGUUAAUAGCAGCAGUUGGGCCCAUUAUAUACCUCAAGAACAUAAUCUCACCUCAACACGAAACUUUCUUGGGACGUCCGAAAAAAGUCCCAACGUCCGACGUCCCGCGAUUGUAGUCCCCGGAACGUCCCUGGAACGCGCUUGGCAGGCAAUUACUUUGCUUUUUGUUAUAUGCUGUACAAUAUCCCCUAGGCGUCCCAUGUGAGCAUCUUAUAGGAGCCUUCAGAGCGCGGGACGAAUAACGGUGUGCGUUCGCGGCAGAUGGCACUUUCAAGAAAAGCGCCCUGCAUCUUUUGAAGCAGUACUGAAAGCACCAAAAACCAUUAAAAAAGUAUUCAUAAACGCAACCAUGUCAUCUUGUACCUUGGCGGGAGCGAAAUGGAAAUAUCUAGAGAACCUCGUAACGCGAAGCCGUGAAGUUAAACUAGUACGCAGAUGCGGCUGGCUGAAACUGCAUCCAAAUAUGUGGCGCGAAAGCGUACGUUUCUUUGUCACCGUAGCCGCCAUAUUGGAUUGGCAUGUAUCAAGCGAAUGAGCGUCGGCGGUGAGCGGCGAGCUUCAGUGAUGGACAAGGAAGAAGGGGUGAAGACCUAUGUCGUGGUUAAGUUCCCAGAUGAAGAAGAUUCUGUCGCCAUGAUACAUGGCAGCUGGAUGGUCGACGGAGGGAGGUGUAUGUGGCCAAAUGAAAAGGACACUGGCAAGCUCAAGCAUUCUAUUAUGAGGGGAACUGUACCGCAGCAUCACUGGUCCAAGCAUAGAUGUGUCGUGCUAUCAUCAUUUGACACGUACGAGGAGGCACAUACAAAACUCAAAAAGGCUGAAAUGACCUCCGAUCUUGCAAGUGACACAGAACUAGGCAGGGGAAAACGGAAAAAGAGAAGGACAAAUCGGGGCAGUCCACAUGACCACGACGAAGUGCAAUUCCACGACAGUUGGACAACUGAUUCUGAAGAGUGUGGUUACGCACCGCCAAGGCCACCAACUCCACCAACGUAUUUUGACUUGUCGCACCAAGUGAACAGGAGGCAGUCCACGGAAGUGCAGUCAGUGCCAGAGACACAAGGAAAUCAUGAGCAUGUCGCUCUCGGGCGUACUUACCCAUUUCCGCGAUGGACAGAAGCUCAAGGAAGAGAACCUCCUCCUAUUGAAGUGCCAUCAGCAUCAACUACGCCACACACAUGGGUGCAGCCAGUGCAGUACUUACCGCAGUCUGCCGACCCCUCGCCACCAGGGCUCGUACAAGACUCUCGUUGCCAAAGUUCCCAGCUCAUGUCUACGGACUGCAGGCCACAGCAGUUAUCCCGUUUUCCAGGGGUGACUCACCCACAGCUGCAGUGUACUUCGCCUCUUCAAAGCAUUGGUGCCGACUUUGUGCGAAGCAUUUCUGCCCCGACCACAUCUCUACGGCAUGAUCUGAAUGUCGAUUACCGGAGAGAAACAGCACAGAAUCAGUCGUGUCACGCUCCGCGCAGAGGAUCUGACCACGAAGGAAAUAAUCGUUGUGAUUAUCCAUCCAACAGUCCUGGCCAUGCAUUUGAAAAGGAGGUUUUGAAGAUCUUACACAUUCUUAAAGUGACCCAGCAGUCACAAAGUGAGCAGCUGUCUACGAUACUACAGCGUUUUAGCACAAUGGACGAUGCAUCAGAGCAACAGAUCUGCCUAGAUAGACCAUUCCAGACACUUGCAGACUUUUUGGAAUUUGAAGACGACCUUGCUGAAAAUCCUGCUAAACGAGCUCAACUGAAAAGGUACUUCAAGUCCAUUGGGGGCAGCACGACCCGAGAAUCUGUCUUCAGGAUCCUGUCACGUCUCUUGCAUUACAAGGUCGGGCGAGAGUACAGUUUAUACGGAAGCAAGGGGAAACGGAGGUUCAGUGACCUCACGACUUGGAAAAUCAUGCAGAACCACUUGACAGAGUCUCAUGGUACCCCCGGCCCUGCCACACUGAAGGAGGUGGAACAAGCUACCAUGUCAUGGCUGCGCCAUGCACCACAAGCCCAUGAUCGUCAGAAGCAAAAGGAAGGUCAGGAGUGCAGCAGACAAGAACCAUAAGUAACGACUGCCUCCAAAUGUCGUUUAGUACAAAAUGAUUGGAACUGUUUUUUUUUUUUUGCAUUUUAGGCGUUUAACUAGCGGGCAUUCGUUUUCCUAUGUUAGUUGGUAGUCCUUUUCACCUGUGUGUGCAUUUUCGGUCGCUGGCCACGCCAUUUACCUUUAGUUGUACUAAGUGUUUUCAUUAGCAUAGUAUUCUGUAGCAGACACCAUUUUUAUCUGCACUUGUCAGAAGCAGAACUUAAAGCUCAGUUAUGCAUCAUCAUUCUCAUGAUUCAGGAACCACUGCUGAUUGUACGUUAUGUGCAGCCCUGAUCCUUCAGUUCUCACCAUAGCUCGGCAUUUUGGCCAUGGAACUCGCGGUCAAAACCAUCCGGUAAGGCAUGAGCUCAGCAGCGGGCUAGAAACUCACGCUGAGGUUGACAUGACAUGUUGUUGAGCUCGAUCAUGCCGCAUAUUUGUGCGCUCACCUGAAAGGCUCACACUUCUGGCCAGAGCAUGGGUUAUUCUGCCAAUCUCUGGACAGAUGUGAGAUGCCAUUCAGUGAGUGCACUUAUACGCGGCAUGAUCGAACUCACAGAUAUGCCAUGUCGACUUCCACAUCAGUUCGUACCCUAUGACUGAGAUCACACCCUAUCAGACGAUUGUGACCCUGAGUUUUGUGGCCCAAAAUGUUGAGCUAUGGUUGCGACGUACAAUGUGUUUGUUUGAGCUUUAGCUGUAGUCAUUAAUACUGUCACAUCAGUAACUUGUUCUAUUUGGCAUUGUUGUAAAGUGGAUUUUGUUUCCUUUUUAAGUUACAUAAGUGUUUAUCUGUUCACACUGAACAGCAACGGCGAGCUUGGUUGUAUCCCGUCAUAUUGGUGUACCAUUCCUUUCACUGUUGCCAGGAGCUUUUCAAAGCCUGCACCUUAGUUCUGGUCACUUGCACUACCACAUCAGUUAUACGUUCUAUUUGUCAUUGUUGUAAAGUGAAUUUUGUUUGUUUCCUUUUUGAAUUACAUAAGUGUUUACCUGGUCACACUGAACAGCAACGGCGAGCCUGGUGGUAUCCCGCCAUGAUGCGCCAUUCCUUUUCACUGUUCCGAGGAGCUUUUCAAGGCCUGCGCCUUCGUUCUGAUCACUUGCACUACCACAUCAGUCAUAUGUUCUAUUUGGCAUUGUUGUAAAGUGGAUUUUGUUCGUUUCCUUUUUGAGUUACAUAAGUGUAUUAGUAAGUGUAAGUUACAUGGGUAUGCAUUGAACAGCAACGGCGAGCUUGGUUCUGUCGCUCUACACUGGUGCAUCAUACGUUUUUACCUUUGCCAAGGACUUUCCAAAGCCUAUGUGUCAGGUGAACAUGUCCUUCGCUGUCAAGGCAAAAGCAUUUGCCUGUUUUGUUGAACUAUUUAAGACUCCAGUUAAGAGUAGGAAUAGGCCUGGUGUUAGACUAUAAAGCUUGUCCUGAAGUUAGUGCAGAUAUUUGCACUAUUUAUUAUUGUAUAACCUUUUUCACGUUAUAGCGCUUCAAUUGACAUGCAUCUUCCACAUGUCUAGUAUGUUCCUGGCGAUUUGCAAUAUAUUUUCCUGUGGUACAGUGCACAUGUACCCGUGGUUGACACGGCCUGUGAUAUUUUAUUGUGAUACUUUACACAGUAGGAGUUCUACAUGAUAUACCUUUGUACUUCUAUUUUCGAGAGAAACAAGGGCAAUUUAAUAAAAUUUUGUGAGUUCUGA